GUAGUGACUCGAUAAGAAGAAGAACACUCUGCAUCAUCAAAUUUCUUCUUCUGCCACCAAACAGAGUUUCAACGUCAUCUCUUACACAGGUAUGGAAACACCAAGGUGUUUGGAUGCAACGUAUCGCACCACGAAGUACGCACUACCCUUGUUCUUUUUGUCGGUGAAAACCAACUACGGUUAUAGCGUAGUUGGGGAGUUUGUCGUACAAUUUGAGACCACUGCAGCAAUCAAGCAGGGAUUGUGUACCAUCCAGAAAUGGCAUUGCAUGGAAUCCGUAAUUUUUUAUGACGGAUUUUUCAGAACGUGAAAUCAAUGCCAUCGAACAGAUCUUUCCAGCAUGCACUGUCUUUCUCUGUGAUUUUCACAGGGAACAAGCAUGGACACGAUGGGUUCGGAAGAUAGAAAAUGGUGUUGCUUCGUGCAAGCAGAAAGUGCUCUCCAUGCUGAGAAGAUGUGCCCAUGCCACUGAGCCAUCAGAGUACAAUGCUGCAUUGGAAUACCUCAAGGCUUCUAAAGAAUGGCAGGAAAACCCGAAACUACAGAAGUGGUUCACCAAACAGUGGAUUCCACAUUCUAAGCGCUGGGUAUGGGGCAACCGUUGCAACAAAGGAGUUCAGGUCAACACCAACAACGGACUGGAGAGGCAGAAUGGGAUAUUCAAAUAUUCCUUCUUGGAAAAGAAGAACGACACCAGUAUUUCUGGAAUGAUUUCUAUUCUCAUUUUGGAAUACCUGCCUAAUAGCAUGCGCAGGUAA